AUGUCAAGUGGAAUUAACUUUAACUGGGACGUGUUUCCAAGCACUAGGCUCGAAAAUUCACAGUUGCCUACGCCCAUCGGAUGUCUUUAUCAACCUUUGAUUGAAGUCUCGAAGAACGAUAACCAAAGUCGUCCCAGUGCAGCUUCGUUUUGUUCAUGCCAAAAAUGUGGAGCAUACAUGAACCCAUAUAUAGAAAUAGACCACACAAGGAGUAUCUGGAAGUGUCAGUUUUGUCACCAGAAAUCGUUCCUACCAAAGGUUUCUUCUGGCCCUAUCUCGAAUGAUUCACUACCUGCAUUCGCAGAGCAAACCAUAUCCAAUGAUAUUACUACUGGAUUUAAUGGUGAUGUACCAGAAAGUAUUGUAUUAGUUGUAGACUUGUAUCAGCAUGUAGACGAGGUCCAGGAAGAUGGUUCCAAUACAUCGUUUAGCUCUUUGAUUGAAUCGUUGCUCACGGCAAUGGAUAGGAUUAAAGACGGUAGUCUUCUCGCGUUGAUCUCGUUUGAUGAAUCAGUUCACAUCCAUAGACCAGCUACACCAAAUGAAAAGACCUCAUUUGCCAAGGAUGAAUUGUUCGAGGAAGACGCCUAUAACGUUAACGAUUUGUUUGAGAAUGAAGAUACCAUUGCAAAAGUGGUUUCUAGGAUUGAGCAAUCGGGAGUCGGGGAUUUGCCCAAAUCAGUUUCAGAGAGUCCUCUUGUUUCACAGGGCAUACUUGUUGAAUUGUCCGAUGCUACUAGAGACUCAGUCAAGCUGCAUCUUAGGUCAUUGAAGCCAACCUUCACCAAUUCGUUCAAACCUCCCAGAUCCUUAGGUCUUUGUUUGUAUAUCUCUUCUUUAUUGGUUAGUAGAUUGUCAUUCCAGAACUUCAAGGCAAAGUUCCUUAUUUUUGUCAGUGGACCCAAUACUACGGAACCUGGAAUCAUAUUAAAUCCAAAUAAGAACAAGGUAUUCCGUCUGCAUAGUGACAUAAAAGAAUUGAAUGACAAGCUGUCCAAUUACAGCUCAUCUCUUAAAUUUUUCGAGAUGAUAUCAUUUAUUGCAAAUGGUUUACUGUUAUCAAAGGCUUUCCGUAUCCUGAGUGAAAUAACUACCAAAACGACAGAUUUUGAGCUAAACCUUUCGACACCGAAAUGGUCCUUUGAUAUUUUUACAGGCUCCCUUGACCAAGUUGGCUUGUACGAGAUGAAAAGGUUGAUUCAGAACACUAAUGGGGAUAUCUUCGUUUCUAGCAGCUUCAAAGAUUUGCAGUUCAGAAAUCAGCUAGUGAAGUGCUUUGAAGCCCAUACUAAAUCUUACAAUGCAACUUUGACCGUAUUAACUUCUCCAAGGCUCAAAGUUAGAAAAUUAGUAGGACAUUGCUACCAUCUCCCUGCUUCCUACAAAGAUUCUAAACUGCUACAAGAAAAUAUAUCUGAUCAACUAAACACUUUUGAUUCCAAGUUCAAACAACAUUAUUUUACAAAUAGAUGGUUUUGGAACUCUUUCAAGAAGACUGAUGAAAGUCUAGCCAUAUUCUUUGAUAUUGAUGGACUCAGGUCUUUCAAAGACUUCUCCUCACGGGACCCCAAAAACAUGUACGUCCAGUUUCAAUUCAAGUACUGGGACCCCGAAGUUAAAUUAUGGAAAAUAAGAAUUACUACAGUGUGCAAGAGAACGACAUUGUCAGUGAUCGAUAAGCAAAGAGAGCUCAGUGCCAAUUUAAUAAACGCUAAAAUCGAUAUGCUUCAAAGCUUUAAUGCGAAGAGUUGGACGGUUUUACUUGCAAGGCUAAUGAUUAAUAAACUUGAUACAAAUAUUGGAUUUGAUUUUGAAGGCAUAGUAGAAGAGAUUGAUUCCGUGACUGUAAAGCUUUUGAAUAAUUUCAAUAAGUUGAUUGUCGAGAAUUAUCAGAUUAAUGAAAAUCUAAAAGACUUACCUAGUUUUAUAUACAACUUGAGAAGAAAUCCUCAGUUGAUUAACAUAUUCAAUUCCUCUCCAGAUGAAACAACUUACUAUCAUCAUUGGUUUAUGAAAAUGGGACAGGAUUUGGGCAUAAAGGUAAUCGAACCCCUUUUAUACAGUACAGAGUAUGAAAAGACAUUCCCAUUAGAUACCAGCACAUUGAGCGUCGUUCCAGAUAAGUCAUACUUAAUCAUGGAUUCAUUCUUCAAUGUGAUAGUAUACUAUAAAUACACUGCUCCUGAGGACAAACUCAAGUUGCAUCAUUCGAAUAAUGACAACCUAGUUUCAAAUGAAGAAAUAGCUGAACUAAAAGUUGCAAAAGAUUACCUACAAAUUGUCUUAAACGUACAGGAGAGAAGUUUAGUACCCAAGUAUAUCAUAACCCAGACAAAUCAUUCUCAAGCCAGAUUCCUCAUGUCAAGAUUGAACCCUGUAGGGGAAAAUACAUAUGUACCACCCAUAUCGGAUACAGAUGAUUCAAAUUCGUCUUGGUUUCAGAGUUUUUUUUCCCCUAAACCAAAAGCAGCCCCAGCUAGCUACAAUGUGUUAUCGGAUGAAUCUAGCUUUCACGACUAUUAUCAAGACAUUUUGAACAGGAUUAAAAAUUAUAAGUUAGAAAAUUCGUAA